GCUGACCCGGUAGGUAAAAUCGAUGUGUUCGAAGGCCGCAGGUGUGCGGAAACGGCAGAAGAGCAAGGACUGUAGCCUGCUAGUCCCGCUUUGAGUGCUGCGGCGGUGCGCGCGCUGUGGUUCGGCGCAGGAAGCACCGGGAGCGAUUAACUAGCGGCAUGUAAGACACUAGCAAUUCACCAAGCAAUUCACUAUCGACCCAACGCGACCCUCAUCCGCAUCACGCCAACGCAAAAUGAUCCUCACAACAUGCGCCGCCUGCGCCGCCCCACUGGCCCACAACGCGCCGCGUUGUGUUAGAUGUUGGACCCGCUACUGUGACUCGACUUGCCAACAUGACCACUGGCGACGCGGCCACAAGCAGAUUUGUAAACGGAUCCACCGCGGCGGCAACGCGGAAAAAUACCACGCCGACAAAAAAUACAAGGAGGCCGUCGCGGUCGCGGUCGAGGCGUGCGCGGACGACACGAAGGGCCAGACAUGCUUCAUCUGCACGCAAGCGUUGCAUUGGAAAACAAAGGAGGGCCUCGUGCGCGGGUGUUCUUGUCGUGGAACGGCGGGCUUCGCGCACGUGUCGUGUCUGGCGGAGCAGGCGAAGAUUUUGUUCGCGGAGGCCGAGGAGAAUAAUUUGGGCGUCGAGGCGGCGAAUACGAGGUGGAGGCGGUGGGAUACGUGCAGCUUGUGCGAGCAGGAUUACCACGGCGUCGUGUGCUGUGCGCUCGGGUGGGCGUGCUGGAAGACGUACGUGGGGCGGCAGGAGACGGACCGAGAACUUCUCAGCUUGGCGAUGAGUGUUCUUGGGAAUGGUCUAUUGGAAGCAAGGCGCCUCGAGGAAGCGUUGUCCGUGCAAGAGGCCGAGUUGUCAUUGAAGCGGCGAUUUGGCGCACCAGAAGAAAGCAUGCUCGGCUCACAAGAGAACAAUUUGGACGACAAGGAUUUCAAUACUAAGUGGCGACGGUGGGACAAAUGCAGCAUGUGCGAGCAAUGGUACCACAGCGCCGUGGCGUGCGCGCUCGGAUGGGCGUGCUGGAAGACGUACGUGGGGCGGCCGGAGGCGGACUGGCCUCGGCGCUUGGCGAUAGAGGUGCUUGGGAACGGUCUAAGCGCCGCGGCACACUAUGAUGACGCGUUGCCCGUGAGGGAGGCCGAGUUGGCUAUGAGGCGGCGCCUUGACACGACAGAAGAAAACAUUCUCAACACGCAGAGCAAUCUUGCGACUACAUAUGCAAGGCAUGGACGGAUGGAACAGGCCCUGCGCCUGCGAGAAGACGUAUAUUCUGGAACUUUGAAACUCCACGGCGAUGAGCACAGAGAUAGCCUCAUUGAAGCCAACAACUACGCGUAUUCCCUUCUUAGUCUCAAGCGCUUCGCAGAAGCCAAGACACUGUUGCGCAAAACACAACCGGUGGCGCGACGCAUUCUUGGAGAUAGUAAUGAAACCACGCUCAGGAUGAGGUGGAAUUGCGCGGAGGCGCUCUACAAGGCCGACGGCGCCACGCUCGAUGAUCUCCGCGAGGCCGUGAAAACGCUCGAGGAAACGGAACGGACCGCGCGGCGCGUGCUCGGCGGCGUGCAUCCACUCACGACGGGGAUUGAGCAGUGUUUGCGAGCCGCGCGAGCCGCGCUCCGCGCCCGCGAGACGCCGGAGCCAUGAGCACGCCAUCGCCGCGAGUAA